GUCUUGGCAACGAUCGAAGAUGUUGAACGGUUGGAACCCCGAGUGCCUCGAGGGCCGCCGCCCCUAAUAAGUAUGACAACUCUAGUCCACGGCAGCGCGUCUAGUCGCACGACGACAACACGCCUGGAUGCUGACCGACCUGACCGUCGCCAACAAGCAUCCAUCGACACAGCGACGCACACAUACAUGAUGACGCCACACAGCGAUGCCGCCAAAGAGCAGCCCGGCGCCUUUCGAGUCCUCGGCUUCCGCUCGCCGCAUCAACGUCCACCAACAUCACCACCACCACCACCCGUGGCGGCACGGCGGGCGCGCCGCGAGCGAGUCUUCGCGCCAGACUCGCUGGCGAACAAGGGCUUCGACCGCAAGCCGUGCCUCUUUGCCACCUUUGUGUUCUACUGUCUCGCGCUCAUCGGGUAUGCCGUGACGGUCCGCGUCCUGGCCGCGCCGGGGGACCUGGACUCCCGCAGCCUGGGGUACAUUGACCGCGCGCAGGACAUCGAGGCGUACUGCAUCGUCACCUGCACGCUGCUCUUCUUUGCGUGGCUGGGGCCGCUUGCCGUGGUUCUGUUCCCCAUGUCGGUGGCCGCGGUCGCGCUCUGCGUCGUGGAGGCGGUCCGACUGUCCAAGAUUGCGCAUCGGCGAAACGAGUACAUCAUGCUCGCAGUGCUCGCCAUCAUGAUGAGUCUCCCUGCGGCGCUGAGCGCAAGAGAGGGCUGGGUGUGGUGCGCGUGGCAUAUGAAAAGGAAGUGAUGGGUACACAGGCAGCGAAAUAGACCGGCGUUUUUAUUACGGGCGACGGACAUAGGAUAAGUAACAUGUUGAAACAGCACAUAGCUGGCUGGUGUAGUACAUUUGAGCCUCGGACCACAAACCAAAUAAAAUAUCUAUAGGACUAG